AUGGAAUUACUAGUGGAUAUUUCCCUCAAUAGUACCGUGAGAACAGAGCAAUUCCUCUCUUUGCUUUGUAGUAAAGUUCAGCAGAACUUUGGGUCCUUGCACCUCUGCUGCAGAGGUUUGCGAAUCCAUAGAAUGUCUGCCCUCAAAAGUAUCCUGCAGUUUCUGGAUCUGGGGUGCAUUGAGCACCUGGAAAUGGAUCAGGCUAAUCUGAGAGAAGUCGUCACCCUUUUGGCUCGGGUGAUCCACCUGAACAGCCUGACUCUGUGUAACAUCCCCUUUAAAUCUUAUAAGAGAAGGAACUUCAGAUCUUUUCUCCUCUGGCUUGGGCAGCUGGACAAUCUCCAGGAGCUCAGCUUGACUUUCUUCUGCCUCACAGAUCAACUGCACACACUGCUCAGAGUUGUGCCACCUCAGUUGGAUACACUGUAUCUACCUUUCUGUAGCCUUUCUAACAGAGAUGUCACUGUCCUGUCCCAGAGCUCUCAGGCCACCCACCUAAGGGUAUUGAGUCUCAGUAACAACCAGAUCUUCUCAGAGGUUUAUGAGCCCUUCCAGACUCUGCUGGAGAAGGUCUCAAGCACCCUGCAACAUCUGGAGAUAAAUAAUUGUAUGAUAACUGAUUCUACUCUCUCUGCCGUCCUCCCAGCCCUGAGCCACUGUACCCACCUCCGUGUCCUUAGCUUUGCCUUCAAUCCCAUUACGAUGCCUGUGCUCAAGAGCCUUCUGCAGCACUUGACAUCCUUGAUGAAGCUGAAGUACGUGAUUUAUCCUGUCCCUGUCCAUUGCUACGAGGAAUGGAAUUUUCAUGAGAGUUUGGACCGACAGAAACUUGCUGAAGUCCAGGCUCAGUUGGAGGCGAUGCUGCACGGGGCACAGCGGGAUGACAUGACCUGGGCCACUUGUUCAAAGUGA